AUGACGUGCUCUGGCGCGCUCUGGGUCAUGUCCGUGCGCGCGCUGGCAUCACUGGCUGACAUGGGCGUGUCCUGUGUUAUAUACAGAUGUACAGCUACUCUCCGUUCAUGGUCUGCACUACAGAAGGUGGAGAACCGCGACCUGUUUACGGAGCACUGUACACGCAUCGACGCGGUCCAGUGCGUCGAGUGGAAGAGUGGAGAGACGCGGGGAAGGUUCAUGGCGAUGCGCUUGGCCUGGGAGACACUGGCGCGACCUCAGAUGCGCGAGUUGGAGGCCGGCGAGGUGGAGGCCGGCGAGUCAGCCCAUCAUGGGUGGCUUCCUAGAGGUGAUAUAAGAUAUUAUGGUGUUGAGGCUACACUAGAUGUUCAUAGCUUCAAUUUAUAUCCUGGACAGUUAAGUGAAGGUGGUGUUUGGGUUAUCAGCAGGGGAGAUGGAAAACCAUCUUCUGUCAACGGAAUUCAACUUGGGUGGCAUAUUCAUCCAGGCUUGUACAAGGAUUCUCAUACUCAUUUUUAUGUCGCAUGGGGUAUUGGUGGAUCUCCAGGCAAGGGCUGCUUUAACAUGGUUUGCCCGGGAUUUCAAAAGACAUCAAUAAAUAGUGCUCCAGGUGAUGUCAUCCAUGGAAAUAAACCAACCAUCACAAUAAGGAUAUUCAAGGACAAAUUUUCUGGUGAUUGGCAUGUAUAUUAUGGAUUGAACAGUUCCCCUAAAAAAGUGGGUUAUUUUCCAAGCUCCUUACUUCCAGGAAUGAUAGAUAAACCAGUGGAGCUUAGAUUUGGUGGAUGUGUAUUUCACGAGAAACCGGCACCAAGUCCGCCCAUGGGAAAUGGCUAUAUUCCGUCAGGCCAUACCGCAGCAUCCGUCAGUAGUAUCAAGCUUAUCGACGCUGAUGGUAUGUACCAUGCCGUCAAUGAAGAUCUGCCCUUUUACGUCAGCCGUCAAGAAUGUUAUCCUAUUUCUGAAAUUGACAAUGGCCGUUUUUUUUACGGGGGUCCUGGUUGUUUUGAUUGA